GAGUGAUAAUUUAUAUGCCACUUCUAAAUGCCAUGAAUUGCAUUAAUUCAGCGUUAUUUAACGCUCUAAAAUCUUUCAAAUGAUUUAUAAUAAAAUAAAUUAAAAAGCUUGAAAUGAAAUCAACAUAAGAUGGUGAAAAUUGAAUAAAGUUCUUACUCUGCUUUUCCUUCAUUUUCAUGUCUUUCUAUGUCACUCCAUUAUUUCUCUUUAAGUUUUUGAAAUUCAUCUUAUUUUCUAUCGGUUCACAUGUAGAAUAAUACAAAUAUAUUAUAUGUGGUAAUUUUAUUAAGUUAAUGUGGCACAUCGAACGUCAUAGGUAAAAUUGUUGUUGCCUGAAAAUCUUCAAUAAUAACCGUUUCUCUUCAUAUAAAUUCAGAAACGACCCAAAAAAACAAAAAAAAAAAAUUGAGACAGAAUUACAUUGAUCGCAAGUCGUAUGUAAAUAUUUCCAUUAGCCUCCCGAAAAAUGCGGCUAAAGUACAGAACACUUCUACGGUUAUUAGAUUCAGUUAAUUAAGCUGAGAGAAAAACAAGAGGGAGAAACUGAAAAUUUAAUCACAAGAGAAGAGAAGAAGAGCUGCAUAUACCUCAUUUAGGUUUCUCCCUUUUCAUCUUCUUUCUCCAACUCCAAUAUUUCUUCAUUCUUUUGAUUAUUCUCUCAUUGCAAACCUGAAUCUUUCAAACAUUCCCAUCAGUCUUUCACAAAAAUUCAAUAUAACAUCAGGUAUAACUAGCAUAAAACUAGUCAAUUUAUGAUGAAUUCUUACAAUACCUUUAUUAGCUGGAAGCUGGUUUGGGAUUUCGCGUAAAAUUCCAUGCAUGCACGUUCAAUCUUCAUAACAAUUUAAGGGUUGUUUUUGUUUCAUUUCUUCAGGUUAACACUGCCAUCCUUGUGAAUUAAUUGAAGAGAAAAAUAAUUUCUUUUUUGAGGCUUACAACUCAUGGGUCCAAGCAAGCUUAGAAAAGCAAUAGGGGCAGUGAAGGACCAAACGAGCAUAAGUUUGGCCAAAGUUGGCAGCAGCGCCUCCUUGUCCGAUCUUGAAGUAGCCAUUGUGAAGGCAACACGACACGAAGAGUACCCACCGGAGGAGAGGCAUAUAAGGGAAAUUCUAAGCUUGACUUCUUAUUCUCGAGCCCAUGUUGGUGCAUGUGUCAGUUUCCUUUCCAGACGCCUUAGCAAGACCAAGAAUUGGGUUGUGGCGCUCAAGGCACUCAUGUUGAUCCAUAGGCUGCUGUGUGAUGGUGAUCCGUCUUAUGAGGAAGAGAUUUUCUUUGCCACAAGGCGUGGAACCAGGCUUCUUAACAUGUCUGAUUUUCGUGACUCAAGAUCUAAUUCAUGGGAUUGUUCUGCAUUUGUACGAUCGUAUGCCUUGUAUCUCGAUGAACACUUGGAGUUUAAGAUGCAGAACCGCAGAGGAAAACGCAGUGCAUUCGCGUACAACGAUGAUGAAGAAGAGGUUCGUCAUAAUGCUAGGGGGAUGAAAGCCACUCCGUUGAGGGAAAUGAAGAAUGAUCGAGUUUUCUCAAGGAUUCAUCAUCUCAUGCAGCUUCUUGAGCGAUUGUUAGCUUGUCGGCCUGCAGGUUCGGCAAAGAACAACAGGGUCGUGAUUGUGGCUCUUUAUCCAUUAGUAAAGGAAAGUUUCCAGCUAUAUUAUGAUUUAACAGAAAUCACGACUAUCCUGUUUGAUAAGUUCAUAGAACUAUCAAUCCCCGAUUCUGUAAAGGUUCUUGAGAUUUUCUUCAGAAUUAAUAAGCAAUAUGAGGAGAUCGAGCAGUUCUAUGAUUGGAGUAAAACAGUUGGAAUUGCACGCACUUCUGAAUAUCCAGAUAUUGAGAUCAUUCCACCGAAAAAACUAGAGCGUAUGGAUGACCUUAUACGAGAAAAGUCCUUUAGGGAACAGACCAGGAAGGCAAUGCGCAAUGAACCAACUGCUGAGCAAGUUCAAGAAACUAAAAGGCAAGAACCUAAAACUGAACUAGAGGAGGACAUGAAUGCAAUUAAGGCAUUACCAGCACCAGAGGUACCCGAAGAAACACAAGAAAGUACAGAGGAAGAGGAAAAGGAAGAGGUGGCGAAAACCCAAGAAGUAGGAGACUUGUUAAACUUGAGUGAAGAUGUUCCAACUUCAGAAGAACAUGGAGAUCAACUGGCAUUAGCGCUGUUUGAUGAUGGUCAAGCAACGACCAAUCCUGCAACAAGCAUUUCACCAUGGCAGGCGUUCAACGAUACAGGAGAUUGGGAGACAGCACUGGUUCAGUCUGCGAGUCACUUAUCAAACCAGAAGGCCUCCCUCCCUGGUGGCUUUGACUCAUUAAUGCUUAAUGGAAUGUACCAACAAGGAGCAGUGGCUCAGGCAGUAGCCUGCUCAGGUGUUGUGGCUACUGGAAGUGCAAGCAGCGUCGCACUUGGCUCAGCAGGACGGCCAGCAAUGCUAGCAUUGCCUGCACCUCCGAUCGCAAAUGGUGGAGCUAAUACAGCAGUACCAGGCACAGAUCCGUUUGCAGCAUCACUGGCAAUAGCUCCACCAGCAUAUGUUCAGAUGUCAGAGAUGGAGAAGAAACAGAGACUGCUAGUGGAAGAGCAGUUAAUGUGGCAAGAGUAUCAGAAAAAUGGAAUGCAAGGUCAGGUUGGAUUUGCCAGGGAACAACCAAAUCCUUACCCUUACAACAUUGGUGGUUACAGGCAAACUUUCUAAAGUUUUCAAUGAUAAGAUACACAACAAUGUAACGUCAUUUUCCCUGUAGUCAGCGGUAUCUCAGUAAAAACGCAAGACAUGAAAUUCAAUAGAAAGAAAGUGGCAUUCUGGAAGAAGAGCAAUCCAAGCUCACAUCUAACCAGUGUCUGCAUUGCCAGCUGUAUCAGAAAGUCAGCUAAGCUACAACAUUGAGAUAUGAGAACUGCAAAACUACAUGUAGAAAAUAUCCAUUAUCAGUGUACAGCAUGCAACAUUUUCUUAAAACAAA